UCCUCUCUGUGACGUCACAACGAUCACACACUGAAGUGGAAGAUGUUGGCCUGGCCCGUUGCUGUCCACUUGUCUACAAAAUCCCAGAGGAGAAAGUGAGGACUGCAGAUGCUGGAGAUCAGAGCUGAAAAUGUGUUGCUGGAAAAGCGCAGCAGGUCAGGCAGCAUCCAAGGAACAGGAGAAUCGACGUUUCGGGCCCUAGAACUUAUAAGCAAAGCAAUUAUGCAAAAUUAUAGCAAGCUUGAAGAAAAGCAGUUGGCAAAAUGAGAGGAAAUUAAAGAAACGGCGUGGACUCGUUGGGCCGAAGGGCCUGUUUCCACACUGAAACACCUGGAAAAGAAGAAUGGCUCGGAGAAUGAGAAGAAAACUGCCAACCUCACAAAAAAACCAUCAGGAAAAUUGGAACAUGUGCUGAAGAGUUUCACCACUACAGCUGGGAUUCUUAGGGACAUUUGGUCUGAGUAUGGAGAGAUUGUUGGAUUAAGUGGAUAAAUGCUUUGGAGAGAUUGGUCAUCUUUUCCAACAUACUCUCCUUCAGUUCAUUGAAUGUAAUGAAAUGUUGGCUAAAGGGAAUGGGAUUUUUUUUAAAAAUGAGAACAACUGGAUUCUCAUUUGGCUUCUCAAACAAACAACGUCAACAUGCCAGCUGAGCCAAAUUGUCUCUAAACUGUCUCCCAUAGAAGCUUAGCUACUGCAUCCUGCAACCUACCCUCAACAGGUUUGCAUGUUCAAUAAUUAGCCAGCCACAUGUAUUAAGACUUCCCACAGCAGGAGCUGCAGGCUUCCACCAAUUAUCACAACGAGGAGUCACCUAGAUGAUUAUCUUGUUUUACAUUAAAGUAAUUAUCUUUAUCACGUCAACACUUUUGUAUGUUAUUUUCAAAGCAGCCUCAGGAUUUGUAUUAUCAGAAUGUAAUUGAGAUGUCUGACUAGUUGUUCUUCAACCAGGAUAAAGGGAUUAUCGAACAAUGUAACAAAGAAGAUCAGUGUAUUCUGUGACAAUGAUAGGAGAAACUCAGCAAGGUGGUUGUAUGGCCCUUGUUUCUCAUGCUUUCUGCAUCCUACAGCUUCCUCAUUUGAUGCCAACCGCUGCUGCACCUCUUCACCAAUGUGAAAUUUUUCCCUAUAACACUCUUUCUGCCCCAAAGCAUCUCACAUGUAUUUUGUUGAAAUGCAACCACUGUUUUAUGUUAUUGACGGCAAGAUCAGGCUUCUGUAGCGAUAACUUCUAUGAUCAAAACAGUAGUGUUCUCUGUCAAUUGACCAUUUGAUUGGUGAAGUGCCAAAGGUGAAUGGUAAACAUGUAAAUGAGGCAAUGGAGAGGGAGCUGACCAAUAUAUUGCAAAGAAGGCACAAGUUGUAAAUUGAGAAAAAACAAGUGGGCAUUGUUGAUCAGAAAGUUACAUUCAUCACUACUCAUUUACAUUAAAUAUGAAAACAUCAAUAGGCACCAUCCUUGGCUGGCUUGUUUUUGGAUAUCGUUUUCCACAUUAUUUUGCUUUAAUGUUGGCAAAUUAUUAGAACCAUAAAUCUUGAGGAGCAUUUGUUAUAAUGUUGUCUACUGCAGUACCUCAUUUGACACAAUUUAUGCCAUUUUAGCAUAACCUCAGCCUCUCUGUUGUAAGGCCAUUCCAGUCUUCCAAUUUGCAGUCCUUCCCAGUGUUACACUGCUGCCUGAGAUCUGAAGCAGAGACCCACCAACCAAGCCAUAAGUCCCCAGACUGCCUGCCAGUGUGGUCGCUGCCACAACUGUCACCUGACAACAUCCUCCUGGAUGCUGCCAUUGCCAGCAGGAUGAGCCUGGAUACAACCGAGCUGUCCCUCUCAUCUACAUGGUGCCUGUGAACCCAUCUUCCCCCGAUCCACCAGAUGUCAACAAGACUGAAUUGAGCAGCACGAUCUCACCUCCCAAAUACCCACAGGACACCAAUAUGAAAGCUCCGCAGUAGUCCCAGCCCAAGGCAACAAUUAAAACAGAGGAGCCUCUGCAGCCAAAAGGAGCACUGCCACCAAAUAGUGGAUCGACAGACACUGCCGACACUCCAUCACCGGGCAGCAGUCACAAUGCAGCCGGAAACAAGGGACAUUCCAUGUCUCACAGGCCAGUGAGUGAGGGCGACACAAAGCAGACGUCUUACAGUGGGCCAUUGGAGUCUACAUCAUUGCAUCAGUAUGAGAGGCACUGUAGGUAAAAUGGUACAAUUUUGUUUUACUGUUGUACUUUUAAUGCUGUUUAAUUUUAACAGUUUUCUUUACUAAUGUUAAAAUGUAGGUAUUUUGAGGACAGAUUGUAUUGUUUGUCAAUUGAGAGAGUAAAAGUGAAAUAUCAGUGGCCCUUUUGUGGUGCAAUGGUAGUGUCCGCACCCUUGGACCGAGAGGCGUGGGUUCAUGUCCCAUCUGCUCCAGAAGUGUUUAAUGCCACCACUGAACAGGUUGAUUAAAGAAAUAGAUGAAAUUAUUAAAAUGUUAUUUUUUUUCUAUUGAAGAAACCAAACCAAACUCCAAUUUUAAAAUUGAUUUCCACAAAUGCUUCACUUAAAGUUUUAUCACUUACAGUCACAAUUUUCAGAAAUGCAACCCCAACUUUAAGUGAGACAGCCUAUGUAGCUCAGCUUGGGCCACACUGUUAAGAUGAACUAUUGGAGCAGUCUUCUUUCCAGCCUGCCUGCUGUUUGGGUUUGCCCCUCCAGAUUAGGGCAGUAUUGACUCCAUCCCCAGUUUGGGCAAUUUUUAGGUCUGCCCUUCCCCAAGAUUAGGCCAGUGUUGGCCCUGCCCCCAUAAAGGGGCAGUUUUAGUCCCACCCCACCCUCCAGAUUGGGUUAGUCUAGGCCCCACCCCCGGAUUUGGUCAGUCUAGGCUCCGCCCCCAGAUUGUGAGUCGAGGCCGUGCCUCCAGAUUGAGUGAGGCUAGGCCCCGCCUUAGAUGGGUCAAUCUAAAACCUGUCCCUAGAUUGGGUCAGUUUUGGCCUCGCCCUCAGAUUGGAUUCGUUUGGGCUCCGCCCCCAUAAUGUGUGGCUCCCGGCUCCACUCUCGAAUUGGGUUAGUCCAGGCCACGCCCCCAGAUUGGUUCGUCGUUACCCUCACCACAUCAAGGUUGGGGUAGUGUUGAUCGUCGCGCGCUCCCCUCCUCCCCGCUACGCGAUGACGGAAGCACGGUGGAUGAAGGAACCGCGAGCAGGUCGGCGGCGAACAACAGGGAGGAUCGGCGGUGUCCGGCGAUGUUUGUUCCCUGACGGCGGAGCCGAGCCGGUCGCCCCGAAAUCCCCUCCGCCUGCCCGCGACACCUUUCAGCAUCUCAGCGAUUGCCGGUCGCCUGCCAUGGAGCGGCCGGUGCCGCCUCCGCUGCUCGUUUCGCGUUUGUUAGUCAAUGAGCAGUCCUUCGAAGUCACCUUAACCGAGACCGUUUUGUGUUGGCAGCCGCUCGGUCCGAGGAAAGCCUCGACAUCCGGAACGGGUAAUCUUUCUGUGCCUGUCUGUGAUAUUGUUGCUGUUUGUGAAACUGAAGAAGAUGGAAUAGGUAAAGAAAGUGGAAGAUGGCAGAAGAUGCCUUCAUUUUCUACUGAGCUAACUUUGCAUGCAUUUACAGUGUAUCAUGUGCAGAGAUCAAAAGAACACCAUUGGGAGUGCAAUGAAGUGACCUUUCAUUGCAGUGACCAUUUACUCUGUAACCAGUGGGUAAAAGCUCUUAAAGAACAGUUGGAUUUACAAGCUAUGCGACCAAAGCAUUUAAUCAUAUUCAUUAAUCCUUUCGGAGGGAAACGAUUGGGAAAGCAAAUAUAUGAUGAUAAAGUAGCCCCUCUCUUUCAAUUGGCUUGCAUUACUGCAGAUGUGAUCGUAACUGAACGAGCUAAUCAUGCUCGAGACCAUUUGAUAGAAGCUGAUUUGGAGAAGUAUGAUGGGAUUGUUUCUGUUGGUGGUGAUGGAAUGUUCAGUGAGGUAAUGCAUGGACUGAUCAGUCGAACACAGAAGAAUUCGGGCAUUGAUGAAAAUUAUCCCACUGCUGAACUAGUUCCAUGUGACUUGAGGAUUGGAAUUAUCCCAGCAGGUUCAACAGACUGCAUAUGCUAUGCAACAGUUGGAACAAAUGACCCAAUCACAUCUGCUUUGCACAUUAUUAUAGGUGACUCUCAACCUAUUGACGUCAGUUCAGUUCAUCAUAAACACAUGUUUUUGAAGUAUUCAGUAUCUUUAUUAGGAUAUGGAUUUUAUGGUGAUACGUUGAUUGACAGUGAAAAGAAUCGUUGGAUGGGUCCAUCAAGAUACAAUUUUUCAGGUUUCAAGACCUUUCUAUCACACCACUGCUAUGAGGGGGCAGUUUCUUUUUUACCUGCUACUGAAACACCUGGCAGUCCAAGAGAUCCAAAGCCAUGUACAGCUGGGUGUCAUAUUUGCAAAUAUAGCGGAGAUCAGUUGAAAGUAUCACAAAAAGCAAGGAAGCUCAAAUGUAUUGAUGAAGAACAGCAACAAUGGAAAGUGGUUAAAGGAAAAUUUCUGGCUAUAAAUUCAACGAAUAUGAGUUGUGCAUGUCCAAAGUCUCCCAAGGGUCUUUCACCAGCAGCGCACUUGGCUGAUGGAACCAUUGAUCUAAUUUUAGUCCACAAGUGUUCGAGACUGAAUUUCCUGAGACAUCUUAUCAGGCACACAAAUAAUGAUGACCAGUUUGACCAUGCAUUUGUCGAGGUUCACCGAGUGAAGGAAUUCAAAUUUACACCCAAGUACUGUGAUGAGGAGGACACUGAUAUCCAGGAUGUUGGUAAAAAUCUCUUUGGUCAGAUAUGUAGAGAUCAUCCCAGUUGCAGCUGUGCACAGCAUCAAAGCAGUUGGAACUGUGAUGGAGAAAUAAUUAAGCACGCUGCUAUUGAAGUGAGGGUUCACUGCCAACUAUUGAAGCUUUUUGUAAGAGGGAUAGAGAAAUAGAAGAACCUUCUAUGCAGAAGAACAUUAGAAAUUCAUUUGUAACUUAAUCAGCUUCCAAAUUAUCUCAGGAUUCCACAACCAUUUCUAUAGAAGUUUAAAAUAGAGUAUUUAAGUUUUAAAACUUAUUGUGUAAGCUUGUGAUUCUAAAUUAAUUUACAUUAUUCAAUGUAGCCAGUAAUAUUUAUUACACAAAGUGUAAGCCUUAGAAGAAACAAGAAAUAACUAAUUUACUAUGGAGUUUCAGGAUUUCAGUUAUUUGAUUUUUAACUUAAGAAUUACGUUUGAAGUGGAGAAUUGAAGUUUAAGAUACAGUAUUUCAGGUCUAAAAGACCGAUUAAGAAUGCCAUUGCUGUGUUGCAAGAAACUCUGUUUUGUGAAUUAGCAUAAUUUUUUAAAAAUACAUUCUUUAGAAAGUGGAGCAGAGUUUCAGAGCACUUAUAAUCCUGUGCCUCAUAUUAAAUUGGAGUAGUGUGAGUACUGAUUUACUGACUGGUACCUACAAUUUAGACUGCAAAUUUCAUUAUCUGUUCCUGGCACAUGAUUCAAAUACCUUUUGUAACUGAAUUCUUUAAACUAAACUAGAUUUUUUUGCAAUUUAUUUUAUUGCACCUUGCAACUUACCAAUGCAAACUGAUUGUACUUCUGAACAAGGGUACAAAAAAGCUAUAGUUUGAGAAUAAUUCUUUAUUUUAAUAACUGUUAGAAAAAUAUAUAUAAAUGCUGACUUGUUUAGUAUUUUGAGUUUGUACAUAACAAAUAGAAAUAUAUAUUUAUUGUACAUGAAGCUAGCUUUUGUUUAGCUUAGUUUGUGUUCACUAUGUGAAUUGUAUGUAGGUAGUAGUGUUUAUGCACUAAUAGAUUAUAUCUUAAUGAACUAAAAGCAGCAGUCACCAAUUUUCUUCUGUAUUUUACAUUCCUAACGUAAGAAUAUUCAAUAGUUUUCUACAGAUGGCAAUAGAGUUGCUUCCUGCACUGAUGCUGUAGAUCUCUGUUUCUCCAACUAAAUAUUAAUGUUUUGCUUAAGUGGCUUCUGUUCAUUUCAGAAUUAUUUGUCUGGAUGUUUUUGCAUGUUUUUCAAUAUGUAGUUCUCUGUAUUUUCCUUCACAUCCCUUUGAAUUGUACCUAGCAAAUGUAAAGGACUGGAAUGGAUAUCAUUCACAGUCUUUGCAGACAGAUUAGAAUGUGACCUGUUUUCAUUACUUGUGCCACAUAGCAUUCCCUGAUUUGAUGUAAACAGUGUUUAAAACUGUCAUGUUCCAGGACUGAGGGGCUAUCUUUCCUGGUGAUUGACUCACCAGGCCAUUUCUAAUGAUUUUUUAGACCAAAUAACCGUGAUAAUGUUGUCUGUUAUGGAACAAAAUAUUAAAAUUGUUUGUAUGUGAGCAAUUGAUGAAACAAAAUAUUUUGGCUGAAAACACUUAAACUACAUCACCAAUAGCUUUGUCUUAUUUGCAUUACUCUUUGUUCUCACCAUCCUCCAUAAAUUCUCCCACCACUUAGCUGGUUGAUCAUCUUAUCCCCAGUUUUGGAACCUUGCUGGAUGCAAAUUAGCUGCUGUGUGCACCUACAUAAUGGUGCAGAAGUAAUUCAUUUAUCAAGUGCUUUAGAGCAUCGCAAGAGGUGAAAGCAUCUUGCAGUAGAUGCUAUGCAUUUUACUUCCUCAGAUCAGUAAUUUCAUAAUUGGUACAUGGUUGAACUGUGCUGCUUUGUAACAUUUUAGUUUGUGAAAUGUGAACUGAACAGCUCUAAAUUAGGCAACAAAAAUCAGGAAAAUUGAUCUUAGGUACACAGCUGUCAUCCCUUUACCUCAACCUUAACUUUUCUGUUCUUCCACACCUACAUACAGUCAUACAGAACAGAUGAGCCAUUUGGGCCUAUUGAGUCUGUGCCAACCUAGCUACACUAAUCCACCUUUCAGCACUUGGCCCUGAGCCUUGAAUGUUAUGACAAUUCAAAUGUCAUUCAUGUAGUUUUUAAAGACUGUGAGGGUACCUCUUCUACCCUCUCAGACUGUACAUCCGGAUUCCCACCAAUGACUGCAUCAAUUUUUUGUUCCCUCGAAUCUCCUUUCAACUUCCUGCCUUUCACCGUAAAAAUUACAACCCCUUGUAAUUGGUCAUUCAAUAAAUGACAUCAGCUGCUUUCUACCCACCCUGUACAAGUCCCUCAAUCUUGUACACCUCAAUCAGGUCCCCUCUUAGCCUUCUGGGUUCUGAAGGAAACCACCUGAGCCUAACUAGCCUCUCUCAAAUAAAAUGCUGCAACUUUGGCAACAUUCUGAUGAAUUUCUGCUGCAUCUCUCCAGUAACAGUCACAAAAACAAAAAUUGCUGGAAAAUCUCCAAGUCUGGAAGCAACUGUGGAGAGAGGUCAGAGUUAACACACAUUUUCAAGCAAUGUCUGUUUUUGUUUCUGAUUCCCAGCAUCUGCAGUUCUUCCAGUACAAACAUGUCAUUCCUACAGCAUGGUAACCAGAAAUGCACAUGGAACUGUAGCAGUGGCCUGAUCAAACUUUUGUAAAGCUCCAGUACAACUUCCUACUCCUUAUGAUCUCUGCCACAAGUUAUACAAACAAAUAUUUCAUUUGUCUUCCUCACCAGCCUAUUAACCUGUCUUGCUGCCUUUAGUGAUUUGUGGACAGACACACCAAAAUUCCUCUGUUCCUCUGAGUUUCCUAGUGUCCUGCUAUUCAUUGAAUACUUCCUUGACUUGUUGUUACUUCCAAAGUGCACCACCCCUUGCUUUUCAGGGUUAAAUAUCUAAUAUUAAUUAAUAAAAGUACCUGCUUCUGCCCCUUUCAUUUCACCCCAAUCAUUCACAUGUUGAAGGCCUUGGUCUCAGCUGAAGUAUUGACAUCAAAUAGAAUGCUAAUCUUCAGGCUUAUUCGGUCCUUUUUGAAAAUGUUCCUCAUCUCUUCUAGUGCUGUAGCAGCAAACCUGCGAUACCUCAGCUUUUGCAAUAUAGAGCUCCUCAUCUCUGAGACACCAUGUAGGCUCCCUCCUGUUACAAUGGCAUGGAAUGUGGCUGAGCAUCAUAGAUGAAGUCCCAGUACCAUCCAUUUUGAACAGGAAACAGACAUACUCUUGGAACAUACUGUCAGUGCACAGAGUUACAUGUUUUAAGUAUCGAUUUUUUUUAAUGCAAAGAUAUAACUUGUUUCAAUUAUUUCCAUUAUUUUAUUGUAUUUAUUGUGGUUCUGUUCGCCGAGCUGGAAAUUUUUGUCGCAAACGUUUCGU